CCCGGCCGCUUCCUGCCGGCGCCUGUUGUGGAUCCGGGGCAGGCGUAGCAUGGAGCCGGCGGCCGGGAGCGAUGCGGAGGUGCUGGGGACACCCGACCCGGAGCUGGCGGCCACCAUGGGCUUCUCCGGCUUCGGGAAGAAGGCUCGGACUUUCGACCUCGAAGCCAUGUUUGAGCAAACGAGAAGAACUGCGGUGGAGAGGAGCAGAAAAGUCUUGGAGGCCCGUGAAAGAGAAAAGGAAGACCAGACUGAAAAGGAGUUUAGAACUCCAUGCACUGCUUCAUCCGUUUCAGCGUCCAGUGCAGCAGGACUUGGGUCUACAUUAACUGAAAGAGAGGCAGCAUGUAGUGAAGGUGAGGACAACUCAAAUGAAGUGUUCAGUGGUACUUCUAUGCAAUCCCAGAGUUCUGCUAAAGGUCCAGCUGAGGAUACUGAUGAUGAUGAUGAUGAAGAAUUCAUUGGGCCACCACUUCCCCCUGGGUUCAAAGAUAGUGAUGACGACAAUGACAAUGACGAUACAGAAGAGGAAGAUAAUAACCCUGUCAAGAAAAUCCCAGACUCUCACGAAAUUACACUCCGACAUGGAACAAAGACAGUUUCUGCUUUGGGGUUGGAUCCUUCAGGUGCUCGUUUGAUAACUGGUGGAUAUGAUUAUGAUGUAAAAUUUUGGGAUUUUGCUGGAAUGGAUGCCUCUCUCCAAGCUUUUCGGUCACUCCAGCCGUGUGAAUGUCACCAAAUCAAGUCUUUACAGUAUAGCAGCACAGGAGAUGUUAUUCUGGUUGUCUCUGGUAACUCUCAGGCAAAAGUUCUUGACAGAGAUGGUUUCCCAGUAAUGGAAUGCAUAAAGGGAGACCAGUACAUCGUGGAUAUGACAAACACAAAGGGUCACACAGCAAUGCUCAAUUCAGGCUGCUGGCAUCCGAAGAUAAAGGAAGAAUUUUUGACAUGUUCUAAUGAUGGUCAGACUGGAAAAGAUUUUCUCUUACAUCGUCUCUGGUCCUGCCUCACCUUGACUGAGAAAAGAACUGUGAGGACUUGGGACGUUAACAAUGAAAAAAAGCACAAAAGCGUAUUUAAGCCACGAUCAGUUCAAGGUAAACGAGUGAUUCCUACAACCUGCACAUACAGCAGAGAUGGGAAACUUAUUGCAGCUGGCUGUCAUGAUGGCUCUAUCCAGAUCUGGGAUAGGAAUAUGAGCGUACAUACAAAGUUCCACUGCAGACAAGCCCAUGCUUCAGGCACUGACACUUCAUGUUUGACAUUUUCCUAUGAUGGUACUGUCCUUGCCAGCCGAGGAGGAGAUGAUACUUUAAAGCUAUGGGAUAUUAGGCAAUUUAAAAAACCCCUUAAUUCAGCAGAUGGACUGCCCAGCUUCUUUCCAAUAACAGAUUGUUGUUUCAGUCCAGAUGAUAAGAUCCUUGUCACAGGCACUUCUGUUAAGAAAGGUGGUGGCAGUGGGAAGCUGUUUUUCUUUGAUCGUGAGAGCUUCCAGAAGCUGUAUGAGAUAGAAGUUACAGAUGCGAGUGUUGUGCGUUGUCUUUGGCAUCCCAAGCUGAACCAGAUCAUGGUUGGUAGUGGAAAUGGUUUAGCCAAAGUGUACUAUGAUCCUGUCAAAAGCCAGAGGGGAGCAAAAUUAUGUGUGGUCAAAACAAAACGAAAAGAGAGACAAGCAGAGACUCUCACGCAGGAUUACAUUAUAACACCCCAUGCGCUUCCAAUGUUCCGUGAACCACGACAACGAAGCACGAGGAAACAGCUGGAGAAGGAUAGGUUGGACCCCAUGAAGUCUCACAAACCUGAGCCUCCAGUAGCAGGAGCAGGUCGUGGUGGCCGUGUUGGGACUCAUGGGGUCACCCUGUCAUCAUAUAUAGUCAAGAACAUUGCCCUGGACAAGACAGAUGACAGCAAUCCUCGAGAGGCCAUUUUACGUCAUGCGAAGGAAGCAGAGGAAAAUCCAUACUGGGUGGCUCCAGCAUAUGCAAAAACGCAGCCAAAAACAGUUUUUGCAGAAGUGGAACCAGAAGAAGAUGAAGCAGACAAGCCAGAGUGGAAAAAACGUAAAAUUUGAAAAAUAAUUUGUUUAAAGGAUCAUUUUGGAGCACUUGAAACAAGAUUAAACAUUUAUUUCUUUAUUUGGGGUAGUGGGUCAAAAUUUGAAAGGAAAUAUUACUUCAAUUUAUAAAACUUGCUGCAGUAUAAAAAGAGAUUGUUGAAUUACACUGGCUUAAUCCCACAUCUGAAUUUUGUAAUAAGGAAUUGCUUAUAUUGUACAAAUAACUCCUGUAUGUCAGUUACUUAGCUGUGUGAGUUAAGUGAAAAAUAUUUCUUUAUAAAUAGUGCAUUCAUUAUACAGCCAAAUGUUGUUUUUUUUUCAUUACUGCCAACUUUACAAAUGCCAUGUCACGACAAUGUUCAAUGAAUUUAAGUAUCCAAAUAAAAUGGUACAAUUUCUCAGACUAAUUUUAUUUUUUUCUGGUUAAGAGCUAAGAGACUACUGCUUUACAAGUGCACAAAAGUUUAGAUUAGUUAUUGUGUAAUAUUCAAGUUUAGUUCAUUUGUUUGUUCACAUGAGUUACAAUUCAGUUCACAUUCUGUGUGAAUCUUAGGAAAUGUGUUUUCUAGUGUCUGUACUUCUUUGCAUGAUGUUCCUUUUCAGUAUGUGUAAUAUCUACAGUAGCACUGUAUACCACUUAUAUUUUUUUUAAAAUGUGAAAUUGCAAUGGGCAGUUACAUUAGUGUAGUAAAAAUAAUGUGCUUAUUUCCAAGUUGAUGCAAAAUUUCAUUGAGGUUUGUUAUCCCUCUUAGUUUGUAUGGAAAAGUUUUAGGAUAGAGCAGAUCUGUGUAUUUAAUACCAGGUCUUUGUGUGUAGUGACUUUGUUGUAUGCCUGAAUAAUGUAGAUCCUGUCUCACACUUUCUGAAGACUGAUACUAUUCUUUAUAAAGUAGUUUGUCUAAAUAUGGAAAAAAUCUCAUAACACAGAAUUGCAGUUCCGAGUGUCAUAAAGGGAAGGACAGUUUUAAAACUAAUGAAUGUCCGUUAGGGAAAAUAAAGAACCUAAGUUAGUUUUAGGCAUUUAUGUUGUGAUUAUAAUAAUACACAGUAUGCUAAGUAUUGUGAUUAUAAUAAUACACAAUAUAACAAGCAGUCUGCAUUUCCACUAAGAAUAGAGACUAUUAUACAUGAUAAGUAAUCAAGCUUUCUUAUUUAUGAACAGAAUCUGGAGGCAUAUUUUAAGACUAUAUUUAGCAAUGCUGUGAAUCACCUUCCUAACCUCAAGACUAUGCUCCUGAUAGUCAGCAGAGCGUAGACUUUUUUUUAAGCAUUGUUCUGCAUCACUAUUUCAUUAUAUUGUUUCUUCUUCCAAGCUUAUCAGUCUUUUUCGAUUCCUAUUUUUAUACUUCAGUGAAAACUAAGUCUGACUUCAAAAGGUAUAAUGAGAAGCAUUGGCAUAAAAUACCCACUACAAAAUGUUUCCACUGCUUUCACUACUGUAGUCUUUUGAUAAGAGAAGAACAUCAGUACAUAGCUGACAACUUGUCUUUGACCCUUGUAAAAUUAUUUUAAUACUUAUUUGUGUAUAAUAGCAAAUCAAUAUUUAAUCUAAAAUUGCAGCUGUAAUAUGUAGCAUGAGGGACUGAGUAGAUGAGUGGAAAGUAAGUGGAGGAGAAAAAGAAAUUCGGAUGGAGAGGAGUUGUUAACAGAACCUUCUAGAGACCUGCCUAUGCAGUCCUCCCCGCAACAAAAACCCAUAAGAUGUCAUUGCUUCAUUUAAGGUUGUUUUAUUGUCUCAUGUUUCAUCCAACCACAGCCCUACAAAAGAAAGUAUUUUGAAAGGAAUUUCUCUAAAAUAUCAAUUAAUAAUUUUUAAGGAUUAGUAUUUUUUUCAUUUUAGGCUGAAUAUUAGCGUUUCAUUUUUCCCUUUGUUAGUUGUUCACUGAGGAAGUGUGUCUUACGGAGGAAAGCUGCAGGGAAAGGUAGAUGAGGAAAAAUGCUGCAGCUGUUCUCUGAGAAUGAGAGGAACUUUUCCUUUCAUGUUGUUGUUCAUAUUAAUUAGAUUUUGUUUCCUAAUUAUUAAAAGAAUUUAGUUCUGUAAGUGAACACUGCAAAAAUUCUGUUGAAAUUUCUGUAAUGUUCAUCAUUGUUACUUGCAGUAGUUGUCAUAAUGACUGUUCUAACAGCCUAGAAUUUAAAGCAGUACCUGUGCAGAUAUGUAUUUAAAGUAUUUAAAACUAACUGAAGUUUUAUUUAUACUUUAACUAUUGGAUUGGUUCAUUUGGCAUAGCACUUAAAUAGGGAUGUUCAUCAACAAGGCACAUUUUAAUGCAUUUUUUAAAACAAUUUUAAAUCUUGGACAGCUCAAUUAUAAGAGUUAAGCUAAUCAGAAAGAAGAUAUGAACAGUGUGCUUGACCAUAUUUGGGAUAGUAAACUUGUGACUCAAGCCUUUGAAUUGUCUUUGGAAACAUCUUUAACAUUAAAAAUAUAAACACAAAUAAAUAUCUGCUAUGACAGAUGGAACUCUA